AAACCGCUAUCUUCGAUGAUUUUCAUGAUCUCCUCUGCCUUUCUCUUCUGUUCGGCUUUGGCCCCCGCACACAGAAUGAGGACGGCACGCGAUUCCUGGUCCAGGACUAAUAAGCGGAAGAAGUAUUCGAGCUCCAGGAGGCGGCGAACGGACAGAUAAUGGGAGGUCCAGCGCGUGAGCACAGGAAGAAUGAGGGCCAGGACCUUGGGAAGUUUGUCUAACGUUACAAUCCAAGGAUACUUCGCGCGCAAAAGCCUUCUCAUCUUCAAGGAUUCACCGCUCGCAUCCGUACACCAGGCCACGAGAAUGAUACCAAGCACGGUGAGACAGUACUGGAUCUCUAUCAACACGAUAUCCAGUAGUGUUUCUGCAUUUUUGGGUUUAGAUGAGAUGUCGGCAAGCCCGAGCAUGUACGGCUAGGAAAUUGUGUAAGUCGAGAGCCUUCUCUGCUCAUACUUGACGAAUGACGAGACACACCUUGUAUUCCACAUUGACCAUGGA